AUGAAAGUCAAUACGUUAUCACUCAUCGCAUUGAUUGCCCUUGGGCAUACAUGCAUUACAUCUGUGCACUGUAAUGAUUUGGGAAAUACAUCCCCAAAUAAUGCCAACAACGCUGCGGUAGCUAACGCAAGAGCCGAUGAUGUUGCAGCAGCGAACGCAAAUGCGAAUAACGCUGUGGCAGCGAACACAAGCACCAAUGUAGUUGCGCCGGCUGACUCAAGUGCCGCUGGAGUUACAGUGGCCGACGCAAUUGUCAAUGGAAUUGUCGCCGCAACCGCAAAUGCAAGUGGAACUGCACCAGCAGACGUUAAGAAUGCAGCGAAAGUGGGGGAGUUUGUAGGAGGAUGGAUGUCAACCGUCAUAAUUAAUCUGGGUGAAAAAAUCGUUGAUGCUAUAUCGGGUUCGAUUCGCAAAAAUAAGCUGAAGGCUAAGGAAAAGGCAAGGAAGGCCAGAGAAAAAGAAAGAAAGGCUAAGGAAAAGGAAAGAAAAGCUAAAGAAAAGGAAAGAAAGGCUAAAGCAUUGGCAAAGAAGGAGAAGGAAAUGGCAAGGAAAGAGAAGGAAAAGGAAAGAAAAGCUAAAGAAAAGGCAAAAGUAGAAACAGAGGAUGAAGGUGACGAUACCCCUACAGACGUGGAAAAACCGAAGCCUAAAAAGGAAGUGAAGAAGACAGUAAAGAAAAUUAGGAAGGUGAAAAAAGAAAUGGGCAAGCCUAAGAAGAAUGUGAAGAAGCCUAACAAGAAAGUAAAGAAACCUGAUAAUGAAAUGAAGAAACCGAAUGAGGACGUAAAGCCGAACAACGAGGAAACCAAGCCGGAUAGUGAAAUGAAGAAACCGAAUGAGGAAACGAAACCGAUCAGUGAGAGUCUGCCUAUAACACCCGACCCCUUAAUAUGA